AUUCACCAUCCCGGUGAAGUUGGGUCCAGCCGUAACCGGUACCAGCUACGGACCGGUUCGUUAGCAGCUACUCGGCGUAGCUCUCAGACUGGACGAGUGUUCAGAAAAGUAACCCCGUGAGUCCAUAAGUGGACAAAUGCGUGCCCUUGAAAUUAGCUAUUAUGUGUUUAUGUUAGCUUAGCUUGUUGUCACCAACAGGAUUCCAUUCAAAACCCAGGAGGGGCUCUGCCAUUGCCAAGAUUGUUGGUGCCAAUGUUGCUCAAAAUCCUAAAUUUGACAACACAGUGAAAAUGUGGGUGUUUGAGGAGACUGUGAACGGGCAGAAGCUGACUGAAAUAAUCAACACCACCCAUGAAAAUGUGAAGUACCUUCCUGGACACAGGCUACCAGCAAAUGUGCUGGCUGUGCCAGACCUGCUGGAGGCGUCCAGUGAUGCAGACAUUCUGGUGUUUGUGAUCCCUCACCAGUUCAUCGGCAAAGUGUGCGACACCAUAAAGGGCAAAGUCAAGAGCGACGCACUGGGAAUAUCUCUGAUUAAGGGUGUGGACGAGGGUCCUGAUGGACUCAAACUCAUCUCUGACAUAAUUCAGGAGAAGCUUGGCAUCACAAUGAGCGUGCUGAUGGGAGCCAACAUCGCCAACGAGGUCGCUGAUGAGAAGUUCUGUGAGACCACCAUUGGCUGUAAGAAUAAAAACCACGGCGCUCUCCUGAAGGAACUCAUGCAGACCAACAACUUCCGAGUUACAGUUGUGGAGGAAUGUGACGUGGUGGAAAUCUGUGGAGCUCUGAAGAACAUCGUUGCGGUCGGUGCUGGUUUCUGUGACGGUCUGGGCUUCGGGGACAACACAAAGGCAGCGGUAAUCAGGCUGGGGCUGAUGGAGAUGAUCGCCUUCGCUCGGAUAUUUUGCACGGCCGGGCCUGUGUCCUCCGCGACCUUCCUGGAGAGCUGCGGCGUGGCCGACCUCAUCACGACCUGCUACGGAGGCCGCAACCGCAGGGUAGCAGAAGCUUUUGUGAAAACAGGGAAGUCCAUCGAGGAUCUGGAGAGAGAAAUGCUUAACGGCCAGAAGCUGCAGGGACCAGCAACAGCAGCCGAGGUUUAUCUCAUCCUCAAGCACAAAAACCUGGUUGACAAGUUCCCUCUCUUCAAUGCAGUGUAUCAGAUCUGCUUCCAGGGCCAUCCGGUCACAGAGUUCAUCAGCUGCUUGCAAAACCACCCCGAGCACAUGUGACCAGGUAAAACCGACAGACUGCCUUCCUCGCGGGAACAAGCCCCUGGAGCACUUCUGCUCCCCUCCAGUCAGACUCGACGCACACAGAAGGCUACAGAAGUUCUUACCUUUUCUCUUUCCGUACGGAAACUUGAAGGAUAAUUGUUUUCUCGUCUCUAGUUGGUGGUCAGAUAGUUUAAACUAAGUCGGAUGUAAUCAGAUUACUUGGUGUCAAUUUGUAAAGUCUCAGCAGUAAUAUAGAAAUCUACAUUUUAUAAAACCUCUGGAAUAGUUGGAUCUGAAACUGACAUUGUAAUAGUUUAUAGCACUGUUAUUACCAGCUUAUAGCAUUAAUGUCUCGGUCCACCACCGGUGGUUUGAUCAGAUACCUCUUUGAUUUUUAGCUGUACAUAAUUCACUGACAUGCCCCUCAUGUGCUGUUAAUGAAUAUAUUUUAACUUACAAAACAAAUGUGCCUUAUAAUGCAUGGUUGGCCUUUUAUUAUCAUUUAUUAUCGAAGAAACCAGCAACUAGAAGCACUCUGGUGAUCGAGUCGGUUUAAAUCCCUCUCCCAUGAGACUGAGCAGCACAAACUCCUUGUUGCUUUUCAAAAAAACUUGUUUUUGAGAUAAUUUAGGACUGAAGUUGAAGUUUUCCCUCAUUUCAUAAAACUACCACUACAAGGCAGCUAAUUUCUGUGGAGUUAGAAGUCAGUUUUCUGAAAAGCUGCAAGGAUCUUGUUUUAAUUACUGCUCUGUUCUCAUGUAGUCAUGGUGGCCAAACUGCUGUAGAAGGGUUCAGGAGAACCAGAACAACCUUGUUCAUGAACAAUGACUCACUACGCCAUUUGUUACUGUGAUCCUGCCUAACCAAGUGUAUACUUGAGCUGCAAAAUAUCUCCAUUUGAAUAAAUGAAUUCAGGUGUUGAA